AUGGCAGACGCUCCGAAAGCGGUUUUGGGGCCGUUGGUAGGGGCAGUGGACCAAGGUACCAGCUCAACACGUUUUUUGGUUUUCAAUCCCCAAACAGCUGAAUUACUUUGUCAUCAUCAGGUGGAAAUAGCACAGGAAUUCCCAAGAGAAGGAUGGGUAGAGCAAGACCCAAAGGUAAUCCUGCAGUCUGUGUACGAGUGUAUAGAGAGAACAUGUGAGAAACUUGGACAGCAGAGCAUUGAUAUUUCCAGCAUAAAAGCUAUCGGUGUCACCAACCAGAGGGAAACUACUAUAGUCUGGGACAAGUUCACUGGAGAACCUCUCUACAACGCUGUGGUGUGGCUUGACCUAAGGACCCAAUCUACUGUGGAGAGCCUCAGCAAAAGUAUUUCAGUAAGCAAUAACUUUGUCAAGAACAAGACAGGCCUUCCGAUCAGCACUUAUUUCAGUGCAGUGAAACUUCACUGGCUCAUUGAAAAUGUGAGAAAAGUGCAAAUAGCUAUUGAAGAGGGCAGAGCUUAUUUUGGGACGGUUGACUCGUGGCUUAUCUGGUGUAUGACUGGAGGGAUCAACGGAGGUGUCCACUGUACAGAUGUGAGUAAUGCGAGCAGAACCAUGCUUUUCAACAUUCACUCUUUGCAGUGGGAUGAAGAGCUCUGCGAGUUUUUUGGAAUUCCAAUGAGCAUCCUUCCCAGAAUCCGGAGUUCUUCUGAGAUCUAUGGCCUAAUGAAAAGUGGGAUGUUGGAAGGUGUGCCAAUAUCUGGGUGUCUGGGAGAUCAGUCUGCUGCCUUGGUGGGACAACUGUGCCUCCAGGAUGGACAAGCUAAGAGCACGUACGGAACAGGCUGUUUCUUACUAUGUAACACAGGCCAGAAGUGUGUCAAUUCUGAACACGGCCUUCUGACCACAGUGGCUUACAAGCUUGGCAGAGAGGAACCUGUCUAUUAUGCACUGGAAGGUUCCGUAGCCAUAGCCGGCGCUGUUGUUAGCUGGUUGAAAAACAACCUUCAAAUUAUUAAGACUUCAUCGGAAAUUGAAAAACUUGCGGAGGUAGCGGGCACUUCGUAUGGCUGUUACUUUGUCCCAGCCUUUUCAGGCUUAUAUGCACCUUAUUGGGACCCCAGUGCAAGAGGAAUCAUCUGUGGGCUCACCCAGUUCACCAAUAAAUUCCACAUCGCAUUUGCUGCCUUAGAAGCUGUUUGCUUCCAAACCCGAGAGAUUUUAGAUGCCAUGAACAGUGAUUGUGGAAUCCCGCUGAAACAUUUGCAGGUAGACGGAGGAAUGACCGCCAACAAAAUUCUCAUGCAACUGCAAGCGGACAUUCUGUGUAUUCCGGUGAUGAAACCUUCCAUGCCAGAAACAACCGCCCUGGGAGUCGCCAUGGCAGCUGGAGCAGCAGAAGGAGUUAGCGUGUGGAGCCUGGAUCCUAAGGAUUUAUCGGUUGUCCAUAUGGAGAAGUUUGAACCCCAGAUCAAUGUCGAGGAAAGUGAAAGUCGCUACACAGUAUGGAAGAAAGCUGUGAUGAAGUCAAUGGGUUGGGUUUUGACUCAGUCUCCCGAUGGUCGCGACCCUAGUAUUUUCAGCAGCCUGACGCUGGGCUUUUAUGUAGUGAGUAGUAUGGUGAUAUUAAUUGGAGCAAGGUACAUGUAA